AUGGGCGGCAUCUCACCUACUACUCCCAGAGGGCCGUUCACCCGGCAAUGCGGCAUAACUCUGAUAACAUGGGUGGGAGGGUCCGUGCGCACGUUACCGGCUAAAGAACCUUACUCAAUGGUGGUCUUGAAAGACAACGAGAUCGUCGAGUCCUUUAAGAACAUCCCACAGACGAAUGUGAAUCAGACGGAUUUCACCUGGUUGACGAAUAUCGCCGCUGGGCAACAAGUCAGAAUCGAGAUCUUCGACCAGAUCGGAGCGGUCGCGCCAACGGGGCUCUUCACUAUCCAGCCCGGCACGAGUAACUGCAGCCUUAUAAUCUGA